GUUCUUGGUCAGCGAGGAGUGAACGGAGAAAAUAUUCGGGGAGACAGAGAGGCGGUGCAUGUGGACUUGAAACGCCAGGCUAUGAAGUAAAGGAAAAGAAAAGGCAAGUAAUUUCUUUAAUGGCAGGCCGUUAGUCUCCAACACAAAAAUCUCUUAAUAUCACAAAUAACUUCCCGUUCAGACUCUCCUAUUGUUGUUUUCUCCUUCUCUCGAAGCUUAACUAUCUUGGAGAAGAGGGGUUCUCCUUUCGUCCUCCCUUGCAGUCACUCUAACAUGGCUUCCUCAAGAUGGAUUAGGCCUGAGGUGUUUCCACUCUUCGCAUCUGUUGGCGUGGCAGUUGGGAUUUGUGCGAUGCAACUUGUGAGGAAUAUAUGCACCAAUCCAGAAGUGAGGGUAACCAAAGAGAACAGGGCUGCAGGAGUGCUCGACAACUUUAAGGAGGGUGAGAAAUAUGCAGAACAUGGUCUUAGGAAGUUUGUCCGAAACAAAACCCCUCAGAUCAUGCCAUCUAUCAACGGUUUCUUCUCAGACCCAGAUCUUCCAACUAACUAAAACCGUUGGCAUCUUUCACGUCCGAGAUUUGGAGAAAGAAGAGCAACGAAAAUAUUAUUUGUUUCCUCUUCUUUUUACUACAGAUUUUUGGUUUGAUACUUUUUAUUAUCAUUAAAACAUUAUUGAAUAAUUAAUAUUGUUCAUCUUCA